AUGUCAAAUAUUGAUCUCUACAAUAUUAGUUCUUACAAUUCUGAAAGUUCUGAUCAUGAUAGCGCUAACACCUCAACAUCUCAAACAUCUAACAGUAUAGAUAGCAAUAGAAAGUUGUUUGUGUGGAAUUUUAUGCAUGAAGAAAGAAAUGCAACUGGAACUGUUGUAGUAGUAUGUGAUGAGUGUUCACAAGAAUAUAGUAUAAAAUUAUCAACAGGGGUUUUAGCUGAGCAUUUAAAUAAAAAACAUAAUUAUAAUAUUACUUUGAAACCAAGAAGAUUUUUGGUUCAAAAACCUUAUGGUAAAGAUGAUAAUACAUGUAUAGAAGAAUGUGAAAGUUCUAUAUUAGAUUUCUUUGUUGGUGAUCAAAUUUCAUUCAAUACUGCAGAAAGCAG